UUGAAAUGUCAAAUUUCAAAUGCAAGUGUUUCUAAAUACUGGUAAAAAUGUUUAUUCAUAAAACUCAAGGAAACAGCACUGCUGAGCUGCAGCGCCUGGGGCUCCUGAACCUGGCGGUGUCUUUUUUUGUGACAACCGUGCCGUGCUGCGUGUUUCUCUUCAUUAAUCUGAUCACUUUAUUUACACUAAGAAGUAAAGAAGUGUUUCGAGCGACUUCUCGUUAUCUCCUACUGUUUAACCUUCUGCUUGCAGACACUCUGCAGAUGGUCCUCAGUCAGUCGAUGUUCCUCCUGUCUCUCGGUAGAGUAACGCUUGCGUAUCCCGUGUGCGCCAUCCUGUCAGCCGUUUAUUUUCUUUCUCACAGGAUUUCACCACUAACUCUGGUGGUGAUGUGUUUGGAGAGAUACAUAGCCGUGUGCUAUCCUCUAAGACACAGCGUUGUCAUCACCACCAGGAACACAACUCGAAUUAUUUGUGUUGUUUGGACUUUUACUUCACUAAAUGUUAUGGUUCAAAUAAUUAUAAUGUUUAAAUUUUCUGUAGAAGACCUGCAGAACACUCAGAUGACAGACUUUUGUGGAAAAGAGAGCAUAUUCUCUGAUCCAGUCUCUGACCUUUACGACAGAGCCUCCACCUAUUUCCUGUUUGUGUUGGGAGGCGUAGCGGUCGUUUUUACCUAUACUGGUGUCAUUAUAGCAGCUCGUUCAGCCUCUGCAGACAAAACUUCAGCCAGAAAGGCUCGAAGGACUCUGCUUCUGCAUCUGCUGCAGAUGGGCCUCACUGUGUCUUCAACGGUACACAGCUCACUUGUGAUGGUGAUCUCCAAAAACCUAGACAGGGUUGUAGCUGUUCAACUGCAGAUUUUUCUCUAUGUUUCUUUAACUAUUCUUCCUAAAUGUCUGAACUGCCUCAUCUAUGCUCUUAGAGACCAGACAAUCAGGCCCAUCCUCAUGCUCAAUCUCAGCUGUCAGUGGAGAGGCUCCGGUUUGCUCUUUCUAAGAGAGAACGGAACGUAAUUGUUACUAUAUUGCUGUGAGUUUUGGCUUUAACAGCAACAGCCUGUAUACUUUUUUAAAAUUCGGUCAUUAAUUAUUUCUUUGUGGCCUUUUCUUUUAGUCUUACUGACCUUGAAUGUAAAGGAAAUUAGGUUAAACUUGUUUUCUCCUCCAACAUUUUAUUGAAUUCAGUGAUGAAAGAGCAGGAUGUGAUGCUAAGAGGUACAAGCAGAGGUGUGAAUGGAUCAGCAUGUUUCAGGGGAGUGGACUCAAUGUUAGGACCUAUCAGCCAAAUCGUUGUCCAGUAAGUAUGUGAGAUCCACUGGAACACUGAAUGCUUUGUAAUUGGGUUUACAGUUGAUUUUAUUUAAUUUUUAUUAGUCAGAUGACAUAACUAAUGCAUCAUAAGUACACAAUAACAACAAUCAGUAAAGAUGGCUAAAAGAAACAUCAGCUGAAGUUAGAUUUGCAGUGUUUAACUAAUUACCUUUAUCUUUAAACAAAAGAAGUUACAGAAAGAGGUGGAAAAAAAU